AACAGGAGUACGGGACUCUGCAUGGCUGAACGUUGCUCUUCUGCUAAUAUUACCAUUACGCAGAAUAAUUACAUCAGCGGUGGUCACUUCCAGGCAUUGAUCCGUAACUCGAAUCAAUCCUCUGGAGAUCAGAGGAGAUGAAAUGCUGAUGUAUGUGAUGGAGUGUGAGGGGAAAACCUGACUUUUAGUCACUAUGGGUGUUCCAGUCUGUGGGACAGUUCCUGGUAUAGCCGCAUCUCUUCCUACAGCUUUCUGAGUGCUCUAAUGACAUAGAGGAAAAGGAUGCUGCGCGUGAGGAACGGGAAUCCUAAGAUGCGUUGCGCGUGUAACGCGUUUCUAAUUAAAGACGCGGCGAUGUAACCCCAGGAGGGACGAGUCCUCCCGUCCGCGAGACGCAAUAAAUUGGCGUGACUCUACGGCGAGUGUUUCGAGACGAGCGCGAGGAGCUUUGAGGAGUUUUCGCAAGUACCGACAACAUCAGGAAGGAGACUGACCGCUGACACGUGCCACGCUUGAGUAUAUUAAAGGACUAUUUUCUUGGAACGCACACUCUUUCUCUUUCUCGUCGUAUCCUCGCGUGGGGUUAUAUAGACACCGAGACUCGACAAAUACAUCGCGCGCUCAGGACACCUCGAGCUGUCAGAUUGACGGAAACCAACGACUCGAUACGAGCGUCCACAGUCAUCUGGAGGAUUUUGGCUGCGCGCACUCUGGUUGCAGGAGCGAUGCGCGCGCUGCGGGCUCCAGUUCUGGUCAUGGGGCUCGUGUUGUUCAUCUGCACUACAGUGCACAGCUAUCCCAGCAUAAACAAGGGCGAAAAAGACGAGAAAACCUGGUUCAGACGGAUAAUGGACAUCAUGAGGAAAGUGGAAAACAGUGUUGGUGACGGGAGCGCGCAUUCCACGUCAAAGGACCGCCAUAAUCUCAAAACGAAGACAGGGGAAACAAUUUUAGAAAUCUUUCCCAGAGACCUCCGAAAAAAGCAGAGGAUUAUACAUCAUUUAACAGGUCCCCUGUAUUUCAGUGCAAAAUGCAAAAAGCAUGUCUACAGACUGUAUCACAACACAAGAGAUUGCACCAUCCCUGCAUACUAUAAGAGGUGCGCGCGGCUCCUGACGCGACUAGCAGAGAGUCCAAGGUGUCAAGAGGUUUAACUCCACCAGGUAAGGCAUUUAAAGAAUGAAAGUGAGCCUAAAUCUUUGAACUGUAUUAUGCCGGUCACAAGUUAUAGAACACUUGAGUGAAAUGUUUCUUAAUAUAAACUUUUGAUCUGGAGGUGUAUGUCUGAAAUGAGUUUCGUAGACAAAAAUAGCAUUUUUCAAGCAUACAUUAUUUUUAUUACAAAACUAACACUUUAUUUAAUGAUCAAAUUAAUGUCGAAAUAAAGAAAAUGAGCAGCCAAUAAGGGCUUAGAAUUGAUGGGAACUCUUUAAAUAUCGUUUAAAAAGCAUCUUCAAGAAUCCUCAAGAAGCUGCUUGAUAAAAUGACAAGAAAACAUUUCUGAAAAUUCUUGGCAAAAGGUGACUAUA